ACUCUGGUCUUGCUAUCUCUACAGGUGUACAAUUGAACGGAAAAAAAUUGAACCGGCGGAAAUUGAAACGUGUUUUCAAGUGCAGCAAAGUGCAGAAUGCGAAUGUUUAUUUUAACGUGCUGCCUAGCACUGCUAGCAGCACAGGCCUUUGCCGAGCGCGUGGAGGGCAAGGCGGCAGUGGAAAAGACACAAUCUACAGAAACGGCGCAAACUGCGUCCAAAGAGGUGGGAAAACGUGAAAUUUCCUCCGGUGAGUGGACUUCCGCGCCGCAGUACGUCGAAGAAGCUACUGCCGCCACUGAUUUCCAUGCCUACCAGCCGAAGUACUAUUCGCAAGAAUCUAGCUACCAACCGCAGCAAGUUCAAAGUCACACCGAACCCCAAGCACCCAGCUAUCAACCCUUGGUGCAGAGCUAUCAACCGGAAAAUUAUCAACAUCAACACGAGACUCCCAUCAAGACGGUGACGAUCGAGAAGAAGAUUCCGGUUCCAUACACGGUGGAAAAACAUGUCCCGUACACGGUAGAGAAGAAAGUUCCAUAUGAGGUGCAGGUUCCGAUUCCAAGUCCAUACGUAGUCGAAAAGAAGGUCCCGUACACGGUGAAAGAGUAUGUUAAAUACAACGAAUAUGUCCCCGAACCGUACACCGUAUACAAGAGAGUUCCGUAUGAAGUGAAGGUUCCAGUUGAUAAACCUUACAGAGUAGAAGUUGCCGUACCAAAGCCUUACUAUGUGGAGAAAAAGGUUCCAUACGAAGUGAAGGUGCCUUAUCCAGUACCAUACACUGUUGAAAAGAAGGUCCCAUACGAAGUCAAAUAUGAAGUUUCGGUCCCAAAGCCUUACACGGUGAUCAAAAAAAUUCCUUAUGAGGUCAAAGUUCCCGUUGACAAACCGUACAAGGUUGAAAUCGCCAAACCAUAUGCCGUUGAGUACAAGAAACCGUACCCAGUUUUUGUGGAGAAGAAAGUUCCCUACGAAGUUAAGGUUCCCGUCGAUAAGCCGUACCACGUUGAAGUUCCCAGACCAUACAAGGUGGAAGUAAAAGUACCAGUGCCAGCUCCCUACACCGUGGAGAAGAAAUUCCCGUACACUGUCGAAAAAGCAGUUCCUUACCAGGUAAAGGUCGAGAUUGACCGUCCGGUGCCAGUGUAUAAGGAGGUGAAAUUCGCCAUCCAAAAGGAAGUUCCAGUGCCGGUGAAGGAAAAGGUCUACGUACCAGUUCCAGUCCAACCGGAGCAACACCAGCAGCAUGAGCACAACUAUCACGGGGAACCGCAAUACUUGCAUCAGCCGUCGCAGUUGCACGAACAACACGUGCAACCGGAAGUGCAGCAAGAUCAGGAACAACCGCAUUUCCAACAAGAACAACCUCAACCACAGCAUCAGCAGCAGCAACAGCUGCAUUAUCAGCAUGAGCAAUCACAGCAGCAUCAACAGCACUACGCACAUGCCCAGCACUAGGACUCACGUACCUUUGACCACUCUGACCUGACCGAACAGAGUUGUACCAGCUUUGUUGUGAUAACUGUAAUUAUGUUACGGACAGCCAAACAGCCAUGAUGGCGGGACUGAAUACUUGAAAAUGCUGAAGCUUUACGAUUGAUCGAAUUAUAAACAUUCGAUCGAAUCAAUUGCGUUUACAAUUUUUGGAUUUCAGCUUUUUCUAGUCGAAUAAAAAGUCAAAUUUUUUGUUACGUUUGCCGAAAAAAAAAAUAACCUUUAAGUGCGUUGUUGAAUAAAUC